ACAAAUUAGUCGCGUUUAAUCUACAAUAGUGUAAACAAUAAUUUGUUUAAAUAAACAAUUCUCUCAAUGAAAACUCAAAAUAAUAAAAUCGUUCUACUACUAGGCGUCUUGAUAAUUCAAUUGGUCCAAUGCAAUUGUAAUAAUAAUUACUUUAAUGAAUUUGUUUCUAAACUACGUUUGAAAAGGGACUACACAAUAGAGGAUAAUACAAUACAGAAUUUGCUUCCAAAUAUGUCUUUUCAUAGCAAUCUUCACAAUUUACCUGAAAAUGCCAUAUAUUGCACAGAAUCCAUUAAUUCUGAUACAGAACGAUAUGGAUUUUUACGCAAAUACUAUUCAGCAAUACAAGGAAAACCUAAUAGCUAUGGCUAUGAAUUAGAGUGUAUAUAUCCAAAAUCAUUGGAAUUUCCAAGUUCGCCAGUAGAAAAACCUAAAACGGCUGUUGAUAAACUUAACGAGGCCUUGCUAAUGGAAGCAAAAAAUUUGAAAGAACUUUUAGAAAAAGUCGAAAGAGGUGAAAAAGCAGAACCAUAUAAAACUAUGGACAUUAAUAUUUUGGCCGAUGAUAUUUUUGAUGAAAUUUUUAAUCCGAAACCAGAUCCUUUAGAUUAUUUAGAAAGUUCUGCUCCAUAUGGUGUUAUUUGUGAACAUCUACAUUUUAACGAGACAAAUGAGCAUGGUAUAGUGGUAGAUAUUAAAAGGCCGAUAUGCUAUCCGGCGCCAAGACCACAAUUUACAACAACAACCACUUUGCCAAUUAUGAGCAAAUAUCCAACAGUAACAACUGUAACUAAAAGUAACGAUUCUAAAUUUGUUGAUAAGGCAUGUCAUAUACUUUGUUAUACGGGUCUAAUAUAUCAAUUACUACCCUGUUGCAAGUAAUGACUUAAUCGUGGGAAAAUUCAAUACAUACAUACAGUGUAUCAACUAUGUUUUUUGCCUACCUUUUUUUUAAGAGAAUUUUGUUUUUUGUUCAUAAAUAAAAUUCCAAAAAACAGGUAAAAAGUAAA